AGGCGGCGGCGCGGGGUGGCCUGGUGGGGUUGUGCCCGGAGUCCCGGAGGCGCACCGCGCACCUGAUUCUCAACUUAACGAGGCGCACCUGGGUCGGCGCAGAGGCGAAAACCCCGCCUUUGGCCGGAGGAGGCGCACCGGAACUCGCCGAGAGAAUCAAUCGGCCUCGGCGGCGGAAGAGACACCACGCGCCGUGCGGGCGCAAGAGGGGGCCUUUUCCCCUUCCGGCGAGGUUCGUCGGAGAUACCUAGGUUUGGGGCGAGUCGGGAACAGCAAGAAUUUCAGACUAAUAAUUUGGGUGACUCAGAAUGGACCUAAUACUUCCAUUUAAAGUUGGAGGUGUUGUAGAGUUAAGAUCCUUCGAUGCUGGUUACAGGGGUGCAUGGUUCCGUUGCAAGAUCAGCGAUAUGUGUAUCAGGUAUGGUCACAUGGAGUAUCAGGUUGAGUAUAUGGACUAUCCAGAGGAAAAAAGGAGCUGGAGUAGACUCUACAAAGUUCCCCCAAAAUACCGUCGGAAAGCAGGUCGGAAAGCAGGACAGAAUAGGGAGCUCAUGCUACGACCUCCUUUUCCUCCAUGGUGUCGGGAUAAUGAUAUUCCUGAGCAUGGCCAGAAGAUGGAUGUUCUAGCAGUUGUAAGCAGCCCUUGGAAAGUUGGUGACUUGAUUGACUGGCAGCACACCAGUUGUUUCUGGACCGGGAAAAUUACCGAGUUACUGGGCGAUAACAAAGCUAUGAUAGCUUGUCCUGAAAUACCGCUAGGUGAAGGUGGAUGCUAUGAAGUCUAUCUUGAUGACCUGAGGCCAGCGCUUGAUUGGUCCCUCGAAAAAGGGUGGAGCGCUCCUCUUUCAAAGGAAAAUGGUGAAUGCUGGUAUACUGCCCGUUUGGUCACAGAGAACCCAGAUACAGGAAGUAGCAGCUCAGAUGAGGACAUUGAGCAAUCUGAUGACGGUAUCAAGGAAGUACAAAAGUGCUGGAAUGGAUCAUUUGACACAGCGAAGCAGGAACAACACAAUUGCUUGAAUGGAUCAUGUGUUACCGCGGAGAAAGUGAAGGACCCGGAUGUAAAACAUCCAGCUAGUAGAAAUGGCAGGCACUGCAUGAAGAGUCAACCACAUAGCGAGGAGGAACCACAAAAAUGCACGAACGAAGAGCCUGAUACGUCUCUAGUGGCCAUCCGCCCAAAAGCGCAACUUACGCCUGAUGAAAGUGAUGAAUGCUGCACGAACAUCCAGGCUGAGUAUCCAACAUCCCCACUGGCCAAUUCAGGACAUUCUUGUGAGUUCCUUACCAAUGGCCAAUCAGGUAUCACCAGUUUGAAAAAACUCAAGACCUCAACCGGGUGUGCAUCAGUUCAGCAGCCUCCUGGCACUGCUGGUGAGGCGUUGAUGGAUCUGGAGAAAGUAGCAAGUAAAAUCAGAAGGGCCCAGGAUCUCCUGCAAUCUAUCGACGAUACUCCAUCAAGCAGAGCGCCUUCUUGGCGAUUGUAUCGGUAAAGCAUAACUGAAGUUAUGUGGCUUCUGACUAUAACCUGAUGUAGUUAGUGCUCGACCCUGGUUAUGCUAGUUAGUUGGAAUCUCUGGAAGAAGUGAGAUGCAGCAAUGGAAGGCGCAGCAGCAGCGGGGUCUGAUAGCUUUUGCGACGAGUAAAGAGUUAGCUUCUCCCAGGCAAAUAAAUGGGUGGCCGGGUCUAGAUCUGUAUCGGUCUUUUUUCAAUCUUCCUCAGCUCAUGGCCAUGGCUGUGGGGUGGAAGGCUGGAUUGAGAUUUGGUGUGGAUCCUAUGCCGGCACCCCUUUGCCGUGUCCAUGGGGAGGCGUUGCGAGAGAUGAAAGAUGGUUUGGCCUUGUACACGAUGAAUAGAAAAACCAUUCAGCUUGCAAGAGAUGAAAGAUGGGUUGGCCUUGUACACGAUGAAUAGAAAAAACAUUCAGCUCGCAGAGAGUAAUUUGCAUCCACUUUUGACUA